UGUAUUCUCUUCUUUUCCAUCUCCACUCUGUGUGGGUGGUCUAAACCAAAUGGCCACUGAAAUUUGUGGCGGGUCUCUAUUCUUAUCCGUUAAAGCUCAACUGCAACUUCAACUGCCACAACUCUUCCUCCAUUCUCAACGAACAACCACCACCACCAGAUUCACCUCCUCCAAACCUCGCUCUCUCAAUGCCCCCUCCACCUUCCACCGCCGCGGCUCCUCCGUCUUCUGCCAGGUCGCCAGCCUCUCCGACUUCGAAUCCGCCGCCAAAGCCGGCGAUGACCGUCUCUCUAAGGUGCCGGUGUCUAAUAUAAGGAACUUCAGCAUCAUUGCUCAUAUUGACCAUGGCAAAUCCACCUUGGCUGAUAAGCUGCUUCAGGUCACCGGCACCGUCCACCAGCGAGAGAUGAAGGAGCAGUUCCUUGAUAACAUGGAUUUGGAGCGAGAAAGAGGCAUCACUAUUAAGCUGCAGGCAGCUCGAAUGCGAUAUGUGUUUGGAAAUGAAGCAUAUUGCUUGAAUUUAAUAGAUACUCCAGGGCAUGUCGACUUCUCGUAUGAGGUUUCUCGAUCACUUGCUGCUUGUGAGGGUGCUCUCUUAGUAGUAGAUGCUUCUCAGGGGGUUGAAGCACAAACACUAGCUAAUGUUUAUUUGGCAUUGGAGAACAACCUAGAAAUUAUCCCUGUUUUGAACAAAAUAGACCUUCCAGGUGCAGAACCAGAACGAGUUAUCAAGGAGAUUGAAGAGAUUGUAGGUCUAGAUUGUAGCAACGCAAUUCUCUGCUCUGCAAAGGAAGGAAUAGGUAUUAUCGAUAUUCUCAAUGCAAUUGUUGCUAGAGUUCCCCCACCUGCUGAUACAUCGAAAAGACCAUUGAGGGCUUUAAUAUUUGAUAGUUACUAUGAUCCAUAUAGAGGUGUUAUUGUUUACUUUCGAGUUGUAGAUGGAACUAUAAAGAAAGGGGACAGAAUUCAUUUUAUGGCUAGUGGUAAGGAUUAUUUUGCUGAUGAAAUUGGAGUUUUGUCUCCCAAUCAACUUCAAGCUAAAGAACUGUAUGCUGGUGAGGUGGGCUAUUUAUCUGCAUCAAUAAGAACAGUAGCUGAUGCCAGAGUAGGUGACACUAUUACUCACUAUGCCAGAAAGGCAGAUAAUUCUCUCCCUGGCUAUGAGGAAGCCACCCCUAUGGUGUUCUGUGGCCUGUUUCCUGUUGACGCUGACCAAUUUCCUGAGCUACGUGAUGCACUUGACAAGCUACAACUCAAUGAUGCUGCACUGAAGUAUGAACCUGAGACCUCAAGUGCUAUGGGAUUUGGCUUUAGAUGUGGGUUUUUGGGUCUUCUCCACAUGGAAAUUGUUCAGGAAAGACUUGAGAGAGAAUACAAUUUGAACCUGAUAACUACUGCUCCAAGUGUUGUAUACAGAGUGAACUGUAUUAAUGGUGAUACUGUUGAAUGCUCAAAUCCAUCUGUACUUCCUGAGCCUGGAAGCAGGAAAUCAAUUGAGGAGCCAGUUGUUAAGAUUGAGCUGCUUACACCAAAGGACUACAUUGGCUCACUUAUGGAACUGGCACAAGAAAGAAGAGGGAAGUUCAAAGAAAUGAAAUUUAUCACCGAAAAUAGGGCAUCAAUCACCUAUGAAUUACCACUAGCUGAGAUGGUUGGUGAUUUCUUUGACCAGUUAAAGUCAAGAAGUAAGGGUUAUGCUAGUAUGGAGUAUACCUUUAUCGGGUACAACGAAAGUGAUUUAGUUAAACUUGACAUACUGAUAAAUGGUGAUAUCGUGGAGCCAUUGGCUACAAUUGUCCAUAAAGAUAAGUCAUAUCAUGUGGGAAGGGCUUUGACUCUAAAAUUGAAGGAGCUCAUACCACGGCAAAUGUUUAAAGUACCAAUUCAAGCAUGCAUAGGAUCAAAAGUGAUUGCUAGUGAAGCUUUAUCUGCAAUAAGGAAGGAUGUAUUAGCCAAAUGCUACGGUGGAGACAUUACGAGAAAAAAGAAAUUGCUUAAGAAACAGGCUGAAGGAAAGAAAAGGAUGAAGUCUAUUGGUAAAGUUGAUGUGCCUCAAGAAGCUUUUAUGGCAGUUUUGAAACUUGAAAAGGAAGUAAUAUGAUCACGUUUACAUAUGUUAUUAUUUGAUUCUUAGCUGCAUACGGGAUUCACAGAGUUCGAAGCAGGGUAAAUUCAAAUGUUACACCUAAUUGCUUCUUUUCUGAAGUGAUUAUAGAGUUUCUUCACGUAUGUACGAUAAAGCUCGAACAGAUAUUUUUAUGCAAAAAUGUCUGCAUUAAGUGUGCGACGACAUGAUUUCACGUAUUUUAAUGUAUCAACUAAGAUAAAAUUCACAACUGAUAUGAACAUGGACACUUAUAGAUCAUUGCCAACAUAGCUAGCAUACAUG